AGAAAAUGAGGAAAGGUCCCCAGGUUACCGGGGACCCUGCUUCUGGCUUCACUCUCCCCGCCCCCCUUUCUGGUGCUUCUAUCUCCACUUUCUUGCGGUUGAUGGGGAGCAUACAGGUGCAUGCGGUGAAGUGAGGUCUUGAAAUCACCAGGGGAUUGGGGGGGAGGGGCGGCCCCAAGAAAGGAGAACUGUAAACAGGUCUCUGGCACCAGCAACGAAUGGCUUCACCCAGAGGCAAAGGCAGCCGCGGUGACAUUGCCCCAAAGUGAAAGCGAAAGUAGGCCGAGGACAGAAGAGAAAGCGACAAGCUGUGGGGCAGCAAGGGCUGUUGGAGAGCCCCCUCUUUCCCAGCCGGGACCUUGCAAGCGGGGAGGCUGCGGAGAAGGGGGUGGCUGAGGAGGGGCCGGGGAGCAGCCCCCAUGGGCGCGGAGGGCUGGUGCCUGCUGCUCUGCUUGGCCCUCUCCGCGGCGGCGCCCGCAGACAGGCAGUGGCGGGCAGUGGAUGUGGUCUUAGACUGCUUCUUGGUGGAGGAAAGUGGGCAGCGUGGAGCUUUUGCCAGCAGUGGGAACAUGGUGAAGGCCUUGCUCGUGCUGAGGCAGGUGCCAGUGCUGGAUGAUGGCUCCCUGGAAGGCUUCACGGAUUUCCAAGGGGGCACACUGGCCAAAGAUGACCCACCUGUUACCUUCGAGGCCUCAGUGAACCUGGUACAGAUCCCCCAAGCCAAGGCCUUGCUCCAUGCUGACUGCAGCGGGAAGGAGGUGACCUGUGAGAUCUCCCACUAUUUUCUCCAGGCCAGACAAGAGGCCACUGUUGAGACAGCAGCUUGGUUCAUCACCAACGUGCAGGUGUCUGGAGGGGGACCUAGUGUCUCCAUGGUGAUGAAGACUCUCAGGGAUGCUGAGAAUGGGGCUGUCUUGCACCCCAAGCUGAACCUGCCCUUGAGCCCCCAGGGGACUGUGCAGACUGCAGUUGAGUUCCAGGUGACAACACAGACCCCGUCCCUGAAUUUCCUGCUGGGGUCCUCAGCCUCCUUGCACUGUGGCUUUUCCCGGGCCCCAGGACUGGACCUCGCCAGCGUGGAGUGGCGGCUGCAGCAUAAGGGCAGUGGCCAGCUGGUGUACAGCUGGACUGAGGGGCAGGGGCAGGCCAAGCGAGAGGGCGCUACCCUGGAGCCUGAGCAGCAACUCAUGGCCGGAGACGCCUCCCUCACCCUACCCAGCCUGACCCUGCAGGACGAGGGGGCCUACAUUUGCCUGAUCACCACCGCUCUGUACCAAGCUCAACAAAUCAUCCAGCUCCACGUCCAAGCUUCCCCCAAAGUACGACUAAGCUUGGCAAACGAAGCUCUGACACCCACUCUCAUCUGCAUCGUCACUGGCUAUUAUCCUCUGGAUGUGGCUGUGACGUGGACCCGAGAGGAGCCAGGUGGAGCCCCCGUCCCAGUCUCUGGUGCUUCCUUCUCCAGCCUCCGACAAAGCACAGCAGGCACCUAUAGCGUCUCCUCCUCCCUGAUGGCAGAACCUGGCUCUGCAGGCGCCACCUACACCUGCCAGGUCACCCACAUCUCCUUGGAGGAGCCCCUUGAGGCCAGCACCUGGGUUGCCCCACCAGAGAAGAGGAUGGCCUUUGGAGUCCUUUUUGCCAGCAGCCUCUUCCUUCUUGCACUGUUGUUCCUGGGGCUUCAGAUAUGGCAAGCACCUAGAAGAGUCUGGCUGCUUCAGGUAUGAAUGCUGACAGCGGAGACCACUUCCUCUGCCAACACACAGAUCUUUAAUCUCGAGAAGACCACACAGCACACAUAAGCCAGCCCUUCCGGCCUAAAGCAACAUCAGACUACUAGAAAGAAACAACACUUCCCCUCCCCCUCCUCAGUUACUCCAACCCAAACAACAACCAAGUCAGUUUAGUGGUAGGAAUUUGUAUUUUUUGCCUUUGUUCAGAAUACAUGAAAUUGAUAAAUAUGCCACAUGCCUUUGGUGGAAACACAACUGUUAUCAUUCCAUACAAGUAUGAGAUUGGGGUUAGG